UACUAGUACUUCAUACAUGGCUCUUUCUCGUGCUCUUUUUCUCUUUGCUCUCAUUGCUUCCAUCUUCUCAACCAUGGCCGUGGCAAAAGAUUUUGUAGUUGGAGAUGAAAAGGGUUGGACUACUUUGUUUGAUUACCAAACUUGGACCGCAAACAAGGUCUUUCGUCUCGGGGACACACUCACAUUCAAUUAUGUUGGUGGCAAAGACAAUGUUGUGAGAGUGAAUGGAAGUGACUUCAAGAGUUGCUCAGUUCCUUUGACAGCACCUGUGUUAACCAGUGGGCAAGACAAAAUUAUAAUUACAACCUAUGGGAGAAGAUGGUACAUUUCAAGUGUUACCGAUCACUGCGAAAAUGGACAAAAGCUUUUCAUAACUGUGCAGCCAAAACAAGAUGGUUGGUCUCCAGUACCUUCACCUUCUCCAUCACCAUCACUUGACCUGGUGACACCUGAAGCACCGCCUUCGAAUGCACCAUGGCCUGCUAGUAGCGUUCCCCGUCGAUCCCUGCUGCCAAAGAAGCUUUUCCAAAUAUUUAACAGAGAUUGAUAGCUGUUUAAGAUUGGAUGUUAACCGAUCAUGUGUGAUGUUUCAAGGAGAGGCUGUUUUUUUCCCAGUUAGUUAUUACUAAUA